AUGCCGAAGAACAAGCGCGGCGGCGGCAAGGGCGGCGGAGCCGGUCCUCAUCAUCAUCAUCGAGGAUCGAAGAAGACAAAAUCAUCGUCCGGCGCUCGAUUCCACGCGGCGGCGGCCACGGCGUCCGGCGGCGGCGACGCCCCCGCGCCGCCGCCCGCCCAGGACGACGCGCUGGCGGCGUUCACGAAGUGGUCGAUCGACCGCGGCUUCGAGCUCCACCCGAACGUCUCGCUCGUGAACGACGCCGCCGCGGUCGCGGGCGGCGCCGGCGGCGACGGCGACGGCGGAGGACGACACAACGCGGUCUACGCCGUCGGCGCCAUCGCCCCGGGCGACGCGCUCGCGGUGAUCCCCAAGGCGUGGUGCCUCACCCCCUCCAACAGCUCCAUCUCGCUCGUCGUCCCGAUGGACGACCUCGACGACCUGGAGGACGCGGCGCUCGUUCUCGCCGUGAUGUACGAGCGCGCGAUGGGCGAGAAGUCGCCGUGGUAUCCGUACUUUUCCAUCCUCCCGAGCUCGGAGGACCUGCCGUGCCUGUGGACCGACGACAAAGCCGAGGCGUGGUUGGAGGGCACGGACGUGUUAUCCAGGAUCGAAAACGACGAGCCCGCGAUGCGGUACGACCACGAGCGGAUCAUGGAGACGUGCCGCGCGCACGAGUCCUCGCUCCGGCACUUCUUCCCGGAUAAGAAAGCGCCCGCGAAGGUCCCCGCGGACGACGACGACGACGACGACGACGACGACGAGACGAGGUCGACGAAAUCCGCGAAAUCCGACGACGUCGACGACGAGGAAGGCAACGGCCCGCGGCUCGUCGAGCGCCGCGACGGCCCCGCCGGGUACGACGCGUUCCUCUCCGCGGCGUCCAUCGUCGCGAGCCGCGCGUUCCACGUCGACGACGAGCAAGGGCAGGGGUUGGUGCCGAUCGCGGACCUGUUCAACCACGCGGGCGGCGGGAGAGAGCACGUGCACUUCACCGGGGGUAAGGAGCCCACGCCGGGUCUCGGCUACCUCACGAAGAUCGACCCGCCGGUGGAUGCGCGCGACCCUCGGGCUCCCCCGAGCGGGGCGACGCCGCCGCCGGCGACGUACGAGGAGGGCAACACGGACCCCGGCGUGAACGAGAUCGCGGGGCUGCGUUCGACGCGAGACGUCGACGGCGUGCUGACGAUCGACGCGGUCAGAGCCGCCGGCGCGGGCGACGAACUCUUCAACACCUUCGGCGACCACGGGAACGCGCUGCUGCUUCACAAGUACGGCUUCUGCGAGUGGGACAACGCGCGCGGCGGCGUGAUGAUCCCGAGAGAGGUUUUGAUCGGCGUGCUCGGGGAGGACGUCCUCGACGACGCGGAGGACUUGCUCGACGAUCACGACUACGACUCCGACGCCGACUCCGAAGACGCCGAAGACGCCGACGAAGACAUGACGUCGGCGGGCGCCGCCGCAGCGAAAGCCGCGGUGACGGAGGCGGCGCUCGCGGUGAUCGAAGCGCGAGGCGCGGCGUUGCCGGAGGGCGACGUCGAGAGCGACCUCGAGGCGGCGAGGAAGGCGCACGGGCCCCUAAAGCCGGCGGGGCGCGGGUGCGUCGGCGAGGCGGCGGCGUGUGUCGUGCGCGCGUGCGAGCGCGCGACGCUCGAGAGGGCGUUCGUUCGCGUCGUCGACGUCGCGAAGCGAGCGAAGAACGGCGGGGGAGGCGGAGGAAAAGGAAUUAAAGGGAAUAAGGUUACGGGCGUCGCGACGGGCGUGCCGCUGCAGGAUACGCCGUACGGUCCGGUCGUUUACGUGCCGCGCAGGAACUCCACGGGUCCGGGAACGCCGGGCGGCGGCGGCGGUGGCGACGACGCGUGA